AUGACACGCUCUUUAUUUCAGACGGUAGUGAUAGCAGCUUUAACUUAUGGCCUUUUGAUUUUAAUCACUCUGGUUACAGCGACAACUUCGUCUGUUGACUACGGUAGUGGAAGAUGCAGUCAAUUGCCUGUUGGCAAAUAUGUAUGUGAAAAAGCCACCGUCAAUACCAGCACUCAAACUGUCACGAAUUGUACCCACAAUAACACGGUCACCGUCAACUGUUCGCCCAUUGCCGGUGUUGUUUGUGAUGGCAAAGUAUUCGAUGGUUUAACGUACGCUUUUACUCGAGAAGAAUUCUGCCAUUAUAGUAAUGGCUAUUCGUUUCAAGUUGCCCUUUCUUUAUCUGUCUUUCUGGGUAUGUUUGGUGCCGAUCGAUUUUACCUUGGUUACCCAGCUUUGGGCUUACUCAAGUUGUCUACCUUUGGUUUUUUUAUGGUUGGCCAAUUACUCGAUGUAAUCCUAAUAGCAACACAAGUCGUAGGCCCGGCGGAUGGUUCAUUCUAUCAGAUGAAUUAUUACGGUCCUCGAUUAUCACCAGUACGUGCUGACUCACAAACCAAGAUUAAAGCAUCCAAUUGA